UAACAAACAAAUACCGCCAUCGGCACACAUACAAGAAUAAAUGCAGAUUUUUCGUUGCGUUUUCGUGAGAAAAAAUAUACCAAAAGUUGUCAUGGGGACGAUGCGCGUGAUUGGUGAUUGGAACGCGCUUCUAUUGCUCCCUCGCGCGUUCUCGGCUGGCUUGUUGCGAUGGUUUCAAGCCUCGGGGACGCGCACGUAGGAAGUUCCGUCCUUCACGUCACGUCACGUCACGGGUCCGCAUCGACCGACACAAGAGAUGCUGAGGUGACAGCCCGGAGAAGGAGAAACAUAUUUGGAAACCUUUCGCUCUCUUUUUCGGUCUUCGAGCCUGACACGAUGAGAAUUAGCUCCUCGUGGUCCCGGGUCUCCUCCGUGGAUGUAGCCGCUGCUGUCUAACCACACCCGGGCUCAUCAUUUUCGGAUCAAGGCGAGGGUUGUUUCACCAGUUCCAGAUGGUCGGCCCCGUCUGAGACUGUCACUCAAGAGUGGGUGGGGUGGGGGGGUGGGGUCAGUGUAGCGGUCAGGGUCUUCAGGCGGCAUGAGCGGGGGAGCGGAGCAAGUGGACAUCCUCAGCGUGCUCUCUCUGGUGAAGGAACGAUGGAAAGUGGUCAAGAAGAUAGGGGGCGGUGGUUUCGGGGAGAUCUACGAGGCACUCGACCUACUGACCCGGGUCAGUGUGGCGCUCAAGGUGGAGUCGGCUCAGCAGCCCAAGCAGGUCCUCAAGAUGGAGGUGGCCGUGCUCAAGAAGCUGCAGGGGAAGGACCACGUGUGUCGCUUCGUGGGAUGCGGUCGCAACGAUCGCUUUAACUACGUGGUGAUGGAGCUUCAGGGUCGUAACCUGGCGGAUUUGAGGAGGAGCAUGAGCCGAGGAACAUUCAGCAUCAGCACCACUUUGCGUCUGGGCCGUCAGAUACUGGAAGCCAUCGAGAGCAUUCACUCAGUGGGCUUUCUGCAUCGGGAUAUCAAACCAUCCAAUUUUGCCAUGGGUCGCUUCCCUAGUACAUGUCGCACUUGCUACAUGCUUGACUUCGGUUUAGCCCGCCAGUUCACCAACUCGUGCCAAGAAGUCCGACCGCCCCGCCCAGUGGCAGGUUUCCGUGGAACUGUGCGUUAUGCGUCUGUCAACGCACACAAAAAUAAGGAGAUGGGUCGCCAUGAUGAUUUGUGGUCCCUCUUCUACAUGCUGGUGGAGUUCCUUGUAGGUCAGUUGCCUUGGCGGAAGAUCAAGGACAAAGAGCACGUGGGCAAACUAAAGGACACGUACGACCACCGUUUAAUGCUCAAACACCUGCCAGCGGAAUUUGGUGUCUUCUUGGAGCACAUCUCCAGUCUGGACUACUUCACCAAGCCUGACUAUCAGUUGCUGAUGUCGGUGUUCGACAACAGCAUGAAGACGUACAACGUGGUGGAGAACGAUCCGUACGACUGGGAGAGGACGGGCUCGGACGGUACACUGGUGAUCAGCGCUAGUGCCACCACGCCGCAGCACCACACACGCCUCACUCCUGCACACAUGGGCAUGGCCAACGCGUCCCUGAUUCCGGGUGACUUGUUGCGUGAGAACACUGAGGAAGUUCUACAGGAUGAGCAGCUCAGUGACGCCGACAACAACGUGGCCGCGCCAGACCGCGUGCCUGGUUCUCCCGGCCAUCCUCCUCGGACGCAGGAGGCCGACGUGUGGGAGGAGCUUGACCGCAACCGCAACCGAAUACGCACAGCCUUGUGGAAGGCUGCCACCGAAGAGGAGCAGAGCAACCCACAAGGCAACCAAGGCCACCAAAGCCCAUACGGAGGUCCCAGCCUGGGCUCACCUGUCAAAAUGUCAUCAGAGGAGCGUGAGGGUCCUCUGCUCAGGAAGCUGCGCAACAUCCAUAGUUUUGAGUUAGAGAAGAGACUUGGUUUGGAGUCCAAACCCAAUCCCGAACGUUUCACAGAGGCCUGUCUCACAAAGCAGACACUCAGCAGCAGCCAGCAACAGCGCCAAGAGAGCGAGGACGCGGCCGAGGGGGUCGCCAUUAUCCCAGUAAACCAGGCUACUGGAGAACGUCGUGAGCGGGUGUGGCACUACGACGAAGAGUUCCUUUCCAACGGCGGCGGGGGGUCUCCCAAAGCGCCGUCCCCUGCCUCUCCGGAGCACGGCGACGGGGCAGCAAGCAGCGGGGGGUUCGUAGCCCUCAACCUCAGCUCGGGCCGGCAGGACGUAGACUCCCGGGACUGGGUUCUAGUGGAGCGGCCCGGGACCAAGGCCAGUUCCAGCCCUUCGGAAGAAGAGGUGGAAGAGGAGGCGGAUGUCCUACAGGAACCCGGGGUGGACCGUGGCGUGCCAAGCCCUGCUUCUGGGAAAGCAAAGCUGGACAGCUUGGCUUCCUCGAAAGGGAGCACGAAAUCUGACAAGCUGGAGCUCAGCGUGGGACCAGCUGAGGCCCUGCCGCCCGUCACCCCCACCAGCCCUGCGGAAGCUCUAACCGAGGGGGUCCUCACCCAGCACCCCACCUCUCCUCCAUCCCUGCCCGAGGAAGCGGCCGCCCGGACCUUUGGCCCCAUCCCUCUGCGUUCCCCCAGCCCUCACACCCUCCUCAGCACCCUGUCGGACCCUCUCCACCAGCACCACCCGCUGGCCAUGAGGCGUAGCCAAUCUGCUGACCAGCACCGGGACCGCCCUCCGUCUUCCUUUUCUUGCCACGCCUCCUUAACGCUUCCACCCAGGCCCUCAGCCAGUCGCAGGAAACUACCUGCCAUCCCGGCCGGCGCCGCCAACUUCCCCUCUGUCAUACGUAUAACCAGGGCCCAGCUGCAGCAGCUGACGGCUCAGCGUCCGUCUGGCCUUUCCUCGGCGUCAGGGUCGGACAGCGUCCACCAGCCGGAAAGGCGCGAAGAAGCUGAAGUAGAGCCUACUGUGAAAUCCCCAGGGACAGCCACAGAAGCGCCGCCGGUCAACGAGGACCCACCGAGUCCGGCGCCAGGCCGCCGAAGCGACUCCCCUCUCUCACCUCAUAGUCUCAUUUCACCCAACGGGCACCAAUCGCCCACCCAGCCCUGCACUGAGAAAGACAAUCCACCUCCAGAAAAUGUGGACGGCAACGAGUCCCCCACUGCCCCUCGCCGCCGACAGAGUCGCAUCCCUGUGCUGGAACCACCACCCGUAGGUUCGGCCAAAGAGAAGCUAUUGCAGAAGAAAGCCAACAACUCAGCCCCACUGCCGUCCCCCUCCGCCUCGCCGUCCCUCUCUGACCGCCGCGCCCCCGCCACCAUGGCCUCCCUGGCCAGGGACCCGCUGUCAUCCGCCUCGGACCGCUCACAGGAGGAGGACUCGCUGGUGGGCUCCCGUUCGGAUCGUCAAGGGGACGCCUCCCUGUCAUCCUCCUCAAGCCCGUUGUCCCGUCGGAGCAGGAUCCCUCGGCCCGUUCACUUGACUUCAUCCGCCGAGCAGCUGGCCACCCAGUUCCUGCCCCGCCCACCUCCUGGAAAGCCGCCAUGCCGCAACACGGUGGAGGGCAGGAUCCGACGCUACCGCAUCCGAGCAGGCAGCACCAGUGACUCAGACCUCCUAACUUGCCUGGCUCAGCUGAUGCACGGUGCUCGCGGCUCCCCCACAGCCCUCCACUGUCCGUCAACCCCUUACACCGGCCCUCGAACAACAGGCGUCAGCAGCUUGACCAGCUCGCCGCACCACGUCCGCAGUUCCAGCGGCUCGCCUCGCAGCUCGUCUUCACUGCAGCGUUCCGUCAGCUCCUCGCCUUCGCGCCACGAGCACCGCGGCAGCUUCUCCGGAUCGCCUCCCACGCGCCGCCUCUAUCACCACCACCAGGAAACGUGCUGCAGCCGGCAAGCCCGCAACGCUGCCUUCCACCUGUCCAGGGGUAAGGGGUGCAGUCGCGAAGGCAAGUGCUCCAGCAAGUUGGCCAGAUAGUCGCCCGAAAGGUGGAUGAAGAACAGUUUUCGGUAUACCCUCCGUUUCUCUCCGAACCUCAAACUGUCCUCUUAUCCUGUACCUUUUUUUCUAUUAGUCAUGUUAUCAUUUUGGAUAACAAAAUAGUGCAGCUGCAAUUUUAUUUCUUGUCCAGGAAUCAGUAGUUGGUACUGUAGCACAGGGGUUCCCAAGCUUUAUUGAGCCAUGGCUUAUAUUGCAGAAAUUUGUAGCAUUCAAAAUGAUUUGAGAUCUAAGACCCUCAAUGGCGGGGAAUGAGUUGUUUGAACCUGAUAUAUUGACUGUAGCUUGACCAAUAUUUCAGCCAAUUUUCGUCAAAAAGUAUAAAAAAAUGUCGUAAAUUUGUCAUUUAACCAAACAAAUCAAUUAUAAAAUACAUAAAAUAAUAUUAAUAAAAUUUCAAACCAAAGUUAUAAUGGUUUUGGAUUUUCACUACAGCUGAGUUUCAUUUACUUUACACCCCCCCCAUCUAAUUCAAUUAAUGUAAUUAGUUCUGCAUUGGGAAAUUACUCAAUUUUAAAGGGAUCCACGGAUACAAAAUAUUGUAGUUCUUAAAAAAUGAGCGUUAGUAUGAGUUAAAAUAAUUUGAGAUUGAAACCCCUCUUGAUGUUUUCGUUUUUAUACAAUUUGUAAAAUUAGUUUUACUAGUAGGUCGCCAUUGUUGUUGACGUCACAUGGUUACGCUGCCGGGCUUCUAGAGUAUGACUGUAGGGACAUGUCAUCUGUACAAACCUUUCAAUUUGAACCCAAGAGGAACAUUAAUGAGCAUGACCGCAAUGUCGAGAUCUCAAAAACGAGCAGCAAAAGCAAAAUGAUCAGGAAAGACUGGAUGAGACGUGACGAGAGUAGGGAAAAAAAACCCGGUGUUCUGCCAAAGCGUCCUACAAGAGGCGAAUUUGACAACCAAAGUACUACCGUGCGCUUUCAGCUUGUUUUGUUUAUGCAUAUAGACAGAACAUACUUAAGAUACUUAAACGGAGUAUAUCAAAUACGGGUGGUUUAAAUACGCGACGUGACUAAUGUGGUCAACAGAUAAACAAUAUGCUUUAAACCUACCACAAAAAAAGACUACGCUCAAAAGUAUGAGAGGGAAACACUUCCCAAAAUUAUUUAGAGGCAUUGAAAAGGUAAGAAAAGACUCAAUAAAAACACAAAUAGUAAGUACUCGCCGCUUUUAACCGAUGAGCGCGUGUGUUUGACGUCUCGCCGCGUAGAAGGAAUUGCAGUAACCCGGUAGUAGGAGUGGGAAUCUCUUGGUACCUCAUGAUACGAUAUGAUUUGUGAUACAAAGCUCACGAUAACGAUGAUCUGACGAUAUAGCGAUAGAACAAUUAUCGAUACAUUGAUCAGGAAACCAUUCUAGGUUAUUCUACAAACAACCAAUUAACAGAAAAACAAGCUUCUAGUGUGAAUUGGAAUGAGUUUAUCCAUAGUAGACGUCCAAUCCAUUUGAACUGGGAGGGUGGCAGCGAAUGAACAUUUGUUCAUUCGCUGCCAUCCCUCCCACUUCAAAUGGAUUGAACGUCUAUGGCUGUCAGUGGCGGUCAAUGCCAGGCAAUUAGGUAAUUUUAGGCCAUUUAAGGUCUCACUGGAACAGCACCAAACAAAAGUUCAGCAUCAUCACCUCCAAUGCACACCAAUGCAGAUUCUUGACUCUUGACACCUUGUCUAGAGGAUGCACACCAAUGCAGAUUCUUGACUCUUGACACCUUGUCCGAUGCCUCUAGACAAGGUGAUGAUGCUGGAACUUUUGUUUGGUGCCGUUCCAGUGAGAUUUACAAAGAUGAUUGCCUGAAGAAGACAUCAAAAUUCCAUCCCUACAUGAUAAAACAUUUUUAGAAUUAUAUCUCGAUUCUUGGCAGGAGCAUAUCGAUAACCUUUUGGGAUACAAAGUAUCACGAUAUAUCACCAUUUCGAUAUAUUGUCACACCCCUACCCGGUAGUAUUCAUCGAGUGAUAGUGACAAUCUACGUCAUCACGUCCAUAAAACAUGGCGCCAUCUGUAGGUCAAAAACAUGUACUAAACAUUAUAGAUAUCUAAAUCAAUGGCAAUAUUUUAUGUGUUUCUAACAACAUACUUUAGUAAAAGAGAACCUUUAAAUUCAUUUCUUGAAAUCUGCCUGUCGGAUAUAAAUAUUGGCUAAUGUUGAUGUGCAUCAGAAGUGCAAAUAUCAUCCAGAUACAUUUUUGUAUUAUAUAAAAAAUCAUAUACAGUUGUGGUCAAAAGUUUACAUACACUUGUGAAGAACAUAAUGUCAUGACUCUCUUGAGUUUCCAGUUAUUUCUACAACUCUGAUUUUUCUCUGAUAGAGUGAUUGGAACAGAUACUUCUUUGUCGCAAAAAACAAGUUUGGUUCUUGUAUGACUUUAUUAUGGGUGAACAGAAAAAAGUGAUCAAGUCUGCUGGGUCAAAAACAUACAUAGAGUAACGCUAAUAUUUGGUAACAUGUCCCUUGGCCAUUUUCACUUCAAUUAGGCGCUUUUGGUAGCCAUCCACAAGCUUCUGGUUGAAUCUUUGACCACUCCUCUUGACAGAAUUGGUGCAGUUCAGUUAAAUUUGAUGGCUUUCUGACAUGGACUUGUUUCUUCAGCAUUGUCCACAAGUUCUCAAUGGGGUUUAAGUCAGGCCAUUCGAAAACCUUAAUUGUAGCCUGAUUUAGCCAUUCCAUUACCACUUUUGAUGUGUGUUUGGGGUCAUUGUCCUGUUGGAACACCCAACUGCGCCCAAGACCCAAUCUUCGGGCUGAUGACGUUAGGUUAUCUUGAAGAAUUUGAAGGUAAUCCUCCUUCUUCAUUGUCCCAUUUACUCUCUGUAAAGCACCAGUUCCAUUAGCAGCAAAACAGCCUCACAGCAUAAUACUACCACCACCGUGCUUGACGGUAGGCAUGGUGUACUUGGGGUUAAAGCCCUCACCUUUUCUCCUCCAAACAUAUUGCUGGGCAUUGUGGCCAAACAGCUGGAUUUUUGUUUCGUCAGACCCCAGAACUGUCCUCCAGAAGGUCUUAUCUUUGUCCAUGUGAUCAGCAGCAAACUUCAGUGGAGCCUUAAGGUGCCACUUUUGGAGCAAGGGCUUCCUUCUUGCACGGCAGCCUCUCAGUCCAUGGAGAUGCAAAACACGCUUGACUGUGGACACUGACACCUGUGUUCCAGCAGCUUCUAAUUCUUGGCAGAUCUGCUUUUUGGUGAUUCUCGGUUGAAUCUUCACCCUCCUGACCAAUUUUCUCUCAGCAGCAGGUGAUAGCUUGCGUUUUCUUCCUGAUCGUGGCAGUGACAAAACAGUGCCAUGCACUUUAUACUUACAAACAAUUGUUUGCACUGUUGCUCUUGGGACCUGCAGCUGCUUUGAAAUGGCUCCAAGUGACUUUCCUGACUUGUUCAAGUCAAUGAUUCGCUUUUUCAGAUCCAUGUAUGUCUAUUUUUGACCCAGCAGAUUUGAUCACUUUUUCUGUUAACCCAUAAUAAAGUCAUAAAAGAAGCAAACUUCAUGAAUGUUUUUUGUGACAAAGAAGUAUCUGUUCCAAUCACUCUAUCGGAGAAAAAUCAGAUUUGUAGAAUUAACUGGAAACUCAAGAGAGCCAUGACAUUAUGUUCUUCACAAGUGUAUGUAAACUUUUGACCACAACAGUAUAGACCCACUAAGUGAAAUUGAAUACAUCUCCAUGGCACAUUAGUGGUUGGGAAUCACUGCGGCGUAGCAUACUGUGUAAACCGCUUCCAAUGUUUUCUUGAUCUUGCUUUCUCAAUGCAGUAUAUAGUCACAUAUUUAUCACUAGUAUUAAUGUACUCUGUUUGCAUACUGAGAGUCUCAGUAUAGUUGGCCCGGUAUUCAUGAAGAGAUUUAUUUUGAUGCUUCGCAUUGCUUAAGCAAGUCUUUUUGCCCUCUCGUUUUUGGGCGUGCGCUUAAAUUGAAAUCAAUCGCUACGAAUAUACAAUCACCUGUUGGGUGCGUGAAAACACAAACCUUCUUGUGCCUACUGUAGUCCCUUUUAAGAAGUUUAUCCAAGCUGGGAUUCAUCCACCGUUUUUGCGGCCAUAGGGUUGCGCCAAUAUUCUACAUUUUGAGGUAGUGACAAAAGCUCCUUAACACCAUAUGAAAGCUGGCUUUUUGGCGUGUGGCAAGUCUUUACAAGAGAACGGGUUGACAUGGGAAUUUUGUGUGCUAUCAAAAGCCCUUUUAAACAACGGUAAUAUUUCGCAUUUAAAGCAACACUAGGUAACUUUUCAACCUUUAUAAAAUAUUUUCAAAACAUUUGCGUUGAUAUGUCGACUGAUAACUAGUUGAAUGACACCUCUUUCAUAUCUUGAGGGGGUCUGUAUCGCUUUCACCGGCACAAAGUUUGAGGAGGGUGGCAGUAACCCUGCCACAUAAAAAAAAAAAAUACAAAUGUGCUGACUGCUUUACAGCAUACGUCACUUCUAUGGAGGUAGAUGUGUGUCUUUAUUAUUCAAUCCAAAAAAAAGUUGCUUCCAUCAAAAUAUUUAUUUUCAAUCAAAAAAAAUGUGUUUUAAUGCAAAAAUAUAUUUGAAACUCCCAAAAAUGUAUUUGGAACCUAUUUUUCGUUGAUUUAUUUAUUUUUAUACAAGUCAAGUUGUUUUUUUAUUUAAACAACUUUUUGAUUGACAUAAUGUGGUUUUGCCUUUGGACCACAUUUUGGCUAGGACAUUUGUAUCUUUAUUAUUCAAUCAAAAAAUAAGUUGUUUCAAACAGAAAAAUAUAUAUUUUCAAAAGAAAAAU